AUAAUUAGAAAAUGAUAUAAUAAAGUAAAAAAAAAAUAAAAAAUGAGAGUAACAACGUAAUCUUCGGGAGUUGAUUGGAAGGAAAAAAUGAUGAGAGAAAAAUAGUAGGAAGACUUUUACUUUGAUAAAGAUACAGAUGGAGAGACUGAUGUUUUUCAGUUGUCAAAACGCAGCGUAUCAUCCUAUGAAAACGAUAAAUCCCACGUUGCCCUGGUGCAGUGGUCUAAAAUAAAGGGUAAUCAACCAUUUGAAACUUGAAUUUAGGGCAACCACUGCUUUGCAUAUAUAAAAGAAUGUCCAUAGGAGAAGAAGAACACAACACUAUAGCCGCGCACUCUCUUCCUCCUACUUAUAUUCAAACCGACCAUCAUCGAUCAGAAUGAGCAUAGCGGUGGUGAACAGCUUCACCAUAAUGGAGUUCGUAAAUGAAAAGGCCAAGUUUGAUAGUUUCGUGGACGAGUGGUUUGCCACGGUGGAUGAGAACGGUGACGGGAAGCUUUCGUGCGAGGAAAUCCGUAGCGGGUUCGGGUUGCUUCUGCCGUUUGGUUCGGAUCCUCCGGCACGGCAAGAGAAUGAAGAGAUAUUCAAGAGGUUUGAUGAAGAUGGGAAUGGCGCACUGGAUCGGAAGGAAUUCAAGUGUUUGAUGACAGAGAUUAUGAAUGCUGUGGCUCGUGGCAUCGGUGGCUCUCCCAUCAUUGUUGCUCUUGGAAAAGAUAGCUUCCUCACCAAGCCUGUUCAGCAUGAAUUGGCCACACUCUCUUCUUCUUCUUAGUCCUUUUUAUUCUUUCUAUUCUUUUUCUUAUUAGACAUUUUCUUACCUUUAUUUCAUUAUUUUUCAUCAGGAUAUUUAAUUAUAAAAAAUUUCAUUUUUUCCUCCUUUUGUUAACCAACUAUGAGUGCAUUUUUAAUC